CGGUAGCCUGACAGAAAUUCCGGGUGUCAGCUGAUCCUCUUGUACUGGCAAGCGAGAAGGAAAAUCAGCAGAAGGAAAACACUGCUGGCCAGUUACAACUAUGGCUGCUGAGAUUCAUUCGAGGCCUCAGAGCGCUAGACCGGUUCUCUUGAACAAAAUCGAGGGACAUUCAGAUUCGGUCAAUUCAGCCGUCUUAAUACCAAAAGAAGAUGGAGUAAUCACGGUUAGCGAGGACAGAACCAUCCGAGUAUGGCUGAAGAGAGACAGUGGUCAGUACUGGCCAAGCAUCUACCACACAGUGUCCUCUCCAUGCUCUUGCAUGUCGUACCACCAUGACAGCAGACGCAUCUUCAUAGGCCAGGACAAUGGAGCUGUUGUGGAGUUUCUCAUCUCUGAAGAUUUCAACAAGAUGAACCAUGUUAAAACAUACCCAGCCCACCAAAACCGUGUGUCAGACAUGGUGUUCUCCCUGGAGAGUGAGUGGGUGGUGAGUACUGGCCACGACAAGAGUGUGAGCUGGAUGUGUACCCAGAGUGGUAGUAUGCUGGGAAGGCACUACUGCAAUGCCUUGGCCUCCUGCCUACAAUAUGAUCACGAGACGCAGCACGCCUUUGUUGGCGAUUACUCAGGACAGGUCACACUGCUGAAACUGGAAAAGCAGACAUACUCCACCAUCACUACACUGAAGGGUCACGAAGGAAGUGUUGGAGCCCUGUGGUGGGACCCUGUCCAGAGGCUCCUGUUCUCAGGGGCCUCUGACCAUAGCAUCAUUAUGUGGGACAUUGGGGGCCGCAAAGGACGGACACUGUUGUUGCAGGGACACCACGAACGUGUUCAGGCCCUGCGUUACCUCCAACUGACGAGGCAGCUGGUGUCGUGCUCAGCGGACGGAGGCAUCGCAGUGUGGAACAUGGACACACAGAGAGAAGAGGCGCCUCAGUGGUUAGACAGCGACUCGUGUCAGAAAUGUGAGCAGCCUUUCUUCUGGAAUAUCAAGCAGAUGUGGGACACAAAGACGCUGGGGCUCAGACAGCACCACUGCAGGAAGUGUGGCAAGGCUGUGUGUGGAAAAUGCAGUUCUAAGCGCUCCACAUUUCCAAUCAUGGGCUUUGAGUUCCCUGUGCGGGUUUGUGAUGCCUGCUUUGAAACGAUUAAAGAAGAAGAUCGAACACCACUGGCUACGUUCCACGAGGGGAAACACAACAUCGCCCACAUGGACAUGGACCCAUCCAGAGGCCUGAUGGUCACUUGUGGAAGCGACCGCAUUGUUAAGAUCUGGGAUAUGACGCAGGUGGUUGGCUGUAGCUUAGCAACAGGCUUCUCUCCUCGCUGAUUGGCCCAUCCCACUACACGGUCUGCCCUGCUCUGCCCACUCUUCUAGUGUCAUGGAAACCCUUCUGUACAGUACAUCUCCCACCACGCCUGGGCUUUUCAGCUACAACCAGGCCUGCUCUCGGUGAAUGUGUGAGUGUCCAUAGUGUAACCCCCCACAUUCCUUUUGCUUCUCAAAACAAAUUCCUUUACUUUCACUGUCACUCCUACAUGAAAGUGUGUGUGACUUUUUUGCUCUGAUUCAAAACAAAACCCUAAGCACAAUGGUGUGUGUGUGUCUGUAUAAGUGAGCAUGUAUCGUAAUGUCGUCUCCUGUAGGAGGAAUGAUAUUGAUGUUAGUGUUUACAUUCUGAUGCUUCUUUUGACAGAGGUCUUUUUUUUUUUUUACACACUCUUGCACUGUAAAAUUUGGUUUCAUUACAUUGCUGACCUGCCAUUCCUGUAAAAACGUACACUAGCUUAUUACUGUGGCCCUCUAACUGCACAUUAGUCACUGUAACAUGUACAAAUACACCAACUCAUGUGUAUAAUAACCCUGCCUCAUGUGUAUAGUAGAUGGUUGCUUUAAAUGACUCACUGACCUAAGUGAUCAGCCUUUUCCUCUCUUUAUCAGUUUUCCUGUCCU